AUGAAACAUUCUUCAUCUUUCCGACUGUCAGUCCUUGGAAGAGUGCCAGACAGUGCAAGUGGUACCUCCACUCCAAAGUAUAAAGAGGUGACACAGAAUAAGGAGGCAGUGGAGACUGAAGGCAUCAGGAUAAUCAGACUGGAAGAGUGCAUAUACUUUACCAACAUUGGCAACCUAAAGUAUGCACUUCAUCGAAUCGAGAUGUAUGGUGAUGCCACUGCUCAUCCUUCUGAGCCACGCUCACGACCACUUGUAAGAGGUAUCAUUCUCAAUUUGAAGAAUGUUCCAACAAUGGAUUCAAGCGCAUUGGAGUCAUUGGUGGAACUAGUUGAUAAAUAUAAAAGACAGAGAGUACAAGUUGGUCUUGUCAAGAUAAGAAGGGUGUUCAAAGAGAAGAUGUUAAGGUCCGGAAUGCCAAUCUCUGUAUUCGAUAACAGUAUCCACGACUCUGUAUUGAGAUUGACACGUGUUUCCAAUGUUAACGAUGAACAGAGUGGAGUGUAA